AUGGUGACGAAGGCCGGGCCGCCCGACCCGUGCGACCAAUCGUCGUCGUCCGCGUCGUCGUCGGCGUCGUCGUCCUGCUUUGAAAUUCUCGGCCUCGACGGCGCGGCGGCGGACGUCACGCGCGAGGAUGUCCGACGGGCGUUUCGAAAACGCCUCGUGCGUGCACAUCCCGAUCGCAACAGCGGGUGCUCGCGCGCGUACGACGCGUUGUGCGCGGCGCGAGACGCGGCGUACGACAUGGUCGAUCGUAAGGACUUGUUAGCGUGCGCGGCGAGGUACGAUUGGCGGGCAUCGAUGCGGAAAGACGAACGGGCGAACAAACGCGCGGCGGGCGUGGCGAAGCGCGAGGAGCUGAAGACGACGCCGACGAGUCCGCGUCGACGUUCGGCGGUGAAUACAUCUUCGUCUUCGAUAAACAAGACGAAAUUCGGCCCGCACGAAUCGCGCGUGACGGUGAUGACGGCGCGAGACGAUGGUGUGGUGGCGACGGGCGAGGCGAGCGGACGCGUCAGCGUCUGGCGAGCCGACGGCGCGCGCGUCGACUCGUGCGACGCGCCGUCGACGACGGACAAAACGAACGAUGCGGUAUCUAUAUUGCAAUUUAAUCGUCAUCAUGGACUGGUGGCGACGUACGUGACGAGUAAGCCGAGGUUUUGGACCGUCGGCUGCGACACGAUGUCCGCCGCCGCCGCGACGGAGGUGGACGCACACUCGCGAAGAAUAACCGCCGCGAAGUGGUUUGAAGGCGUCGAAGGCGCCGAGAUUUGUGACGUCUUGGUCACCGCAGCUUUAGAUGGCACGGUAUUCGUGCAAACGUUUUUCGACGGCGCGCUCGGUCCCUCGGCGCUCGCGUCACGCGAUGGAUUUCGCGCCGUCAAAGCCGUGGACGCGCUCGCGACGAGCGCCGACGGCGGCGCGUUCGUUGUCACGGACGUCGUCGGAAAUUUCAAACUCUGGCGCGUUCGUCUAGAAAAUUCGAAAACAUCGCUUACUGUGGAGCCAAUCACGAACAUCGUGACUUGGAAUGGGUUCGGCGGCGUGUGCUUUGCUCGCUUGGCGCGCUCGCCGAUGGCGCCCGACUCGCUUCGAUUACUUACAACGUUCACCGAUGCAAGCGCUAGACAGUCGCGCGUGUUGGAGUGGUCGGUACCGCAUCUCGAAAACGGUGCGGUCGCAGACGUGCGUGGGUACGUCGGCGCAAUACCGAGCGCGAAUGGAGUCAUACGAGGCGUGGCGAGCGAUUUUCUCACCAUCGCUCGCUCGAAGGAAGACGACGACGACGACGACGACGCCGACGACGACGACGACGAGAUGUACCUCCUCGCCGCCAACGACUUGAUUUUUGCCGUCGAUGCGCGCGCUCGGUGCGUACUAUAUACCAUGGACUCCGCGCACUGUCGCGCGCUUCAUCCAUCGACGACAAUUCCCGGCGCCUUUGUCUCGUGCCGCGUCGCCGCCGCUCGCGACGGGGUCGGUUUCGACGUCUGCGCGCUCGACGAUGGUCGAAUUAUCGCAAAGCUCGAUUUCACCGCGGACAAGUUCUUCGAUGAUGUUGAUGACGUCACCGAUGGUCGAAUUAUCGCAAAGCUCGAUUUCACCGCGGACAAGUUCUUCGAUGAUGUUGAUGACGUCACCGACGCCACCGACGUCAACGCCCAGCGCGCGGCGUCUUCAAUCCUCGUCGCCUCUUCCUCGUCUCAAGUCCUGCUCCUCGCGCGACGCAGCACCGUCGUCGCGGUGCGUCUGUGA